AUGCGUUUCACUUCGUUCCUCGUCGCCGGCGUCCUCGCCCUGACUGCCAGUGCUCAGUCCGUCACCGAGUCUGCCACCACCACUGUCGCCACUGAUGCCAGCUCUACCACUUCCAGCAUUGUAGCUACCGACUCGGCACAGGCCGCCGCUCUGGAGUGUCUUUCAAAGUGCGAGGCCGGUGACGUCGACUGCCAGGCCCACUGCAUCACUGUCCCCAGCCCUGACGCCGCCGCCGUCAAUGCCACCACCGAGUGCUCGGCCAACUGCGUUCAGGGUGACGGCUCCGAGGAGGAGACGGCCGCCUACGCCUCGUGUCUCCAGGACUGCGUUGAAAAGUACUACUACAGCGGCACUGCUGGCACCCCCACCAACACUGGCGCCGCCGACAGCGACAGCAGCGCCUCCGCCUCCGUCACCUCGGUUGUCUCGACCAUCACCUCUGGCAGCUCCACCAUCACCACCACUUUUGCCAGCACCAAGAGCUCCGGCACCGGUACCGCUUCUGGCGCGUCUGCUUCCGGCACCUCGUCUUCGUCUUCUGGCAAUGCUGGCGACGUCAUCAGCCGGCCAGCAAGCUCGUACGUCGGUCUGCUCGGUGCUCUGGCUGCCGUUCUGGCUCUGUAA